CAGCUGUGGGAGUCGCCUUUUUGAGAGCUGAGUUCGGGCGUGCGAGCAGGAUGGAGCAGGGUGGCGUGAGGAUGAUUGGGCUGGCGUGUGGGCGGCGACGUCCUUACACGGCGCCCAGGCUGGGUCAGACGCCCAGAGACCCGCCGGGCAUCGAGGGCGCCACCAUCCUGCAGAGGAAGAGAGGGGCGCCGCCGGAGAAGAUGAUGGUGGUGGCUCGGGACAGCGUGCGGCAGGUGAGGUGCCGCAGUGCCGCAGCCACGCCGCCAGCCAUCCUCCUGACGGCGGCACAGCUCCAGGCGAUCAAGGAAGCCGCUACUAUGGUGUCCGCAGAAUCGAGGGCGAGGCAGGUGCAGGCGACGAAGGAGGCGACGGCGGCGGCCCUGAAGGAGCAGGAGGAGCGGCGGCAGCGACACCUUCUGCUGGAGGAGAGGCACAGGAAGCGCCAGAGGGAGGAGGACGCGAGCGCUCUGGAGGCGUGGCCGCC